UCAACAAAAAAUACCAUAUGUGAAACAAAGACACCGCGUCUAAAACACCGACGUUACUAUACAAUGCCAGCCUAAUUUGUAAUGUAUUAAUGUAAUGGCAAGCGGAUUGCGGAUUUCGCCAAAAAUGUGACAACAGAGCAGAGGCGCUCCUUUGGGAAAAAAAAACAAAGGCAUCGGAUUCUGAACUGAUAGGAUUCGUCGGAUAACAGCGCGAGCUUUAAGACUAUAACAAAAAGCUUGCGCUUAAAAUAAAAUUGUCACUCGUGAUUUCGGGGGACCGACCCCUUUGGCAGCACGUGCGGCGCCGCGUUGCUCUCACGUAGCUGGAGGCCAGCGCCGGACGCCUAUUUGUCCGGCUCCUCCUUUCCUGUCAAAUCCACAGCAAACGCUGGCGCACACAGCGCUCGGCAAACAUGGCCGCUUCUGUCUCACCACUAUGCUCCUCCUUCAAGCUAUCCAGCAGCGUUCUCCAGCCUAGCUGUCAUUACAAAUUUAGGAUUUUCAGGAAGUGCAGUGGGCUGCAGAGAUGCUUCCAUCAAUCGGCGUUCAGCCAAACUGCUAUGGUGAUCUCAGGAAAAGAGCUGGCAAGGCAGAUCCACAAGGAAGUACAGUGUGAUGUGGAGGAGUGGGUUUCCUUUGGCAAUAAGCAGCCUCAUCUCAGCGUCAUCGUGGUGGGGGAUAACCCAGCCAGUCACACCUAUGUCAGGAACAAGACAAGAGCUGCAGCGGCACUCGGUAUCUCUAGUGAGACUCUGCUGAGGCCUAGCUCUGUGUCACAAGAGGAGCUUCUGGAAAUGAUUUAUAGACUGAAUAGAGACUGGAGGGUCAGUGGCCUGCUGGUUCAGCUUCCUCUUCCUGAGCACAUAAACGAGCGAGCAGUCUGCAACGCUGUCGCCCCAGAGAAGGACGUGGACGGCUUCCACAUCGUCAACAUCGGAAAGCUCUGCCUUGACCAGAAGUCAAUGGUGCCAGCCACGCCUGCAGCUGUGUGGGAGAUCAUCAAGAGGACAGAGAUUCAGACGGUUGGGAGGAAUGUGGUGGUGGCUGGCCGGUCCAAGAAUGUGGGGAUGCCCAUCGCUAUGCUUCUGCACACAGACGGACGACACGAGCGUCCUGGAGGUGAUGCCACUGUCACCAUCGCUCACAGGUGCACCCCCAGGGAGAAGCUGAAGGAGCUCACCAGGCUUGCAGACAUCGUAAUUGCUGCUGCAGGAAUUCCUCAUCUGAUAACGGCUGACAUGGUGAAGGAAGGCGCCACAGUGAUCGAUGUUGGUAUAAAUCACAUCCAGGACUCGGAAACUGGAAAAAUCAGGCUGGUUGGGGAUGUCGACUUUGAAGAGGUGAGGAAGAGAGCAGGGUUUAUCACACCGGUGCCUGGAGGGGUUGGCCCUGUCACCGUGGCAAUGUUAAUGAAGAACACAGUCACUGCAGCAAGAAACACAAUCACACACUGACACACAGGCUGACCCUGGGACCCAUUUAGCCACAGCGCACGUGUGACAGGAGGCUGCGUGCAACAACAAUGAUUUGUUUCAUUAAGUACUGUUUAUCAUAAGCCUUUUAUUUUAAAUGGGGAGGGUGCCUACUGUAACUAAAAAGUGCUUACAGUCUGAGAUGAUUUGCAGAAGUACUCCUGUGUGUGAACUUUCUGGAGCACAAAAUAUUAUUUACGCAGCACUGUGCAAAAGUCUUAGGCAGUCAAAGAAAAUAUUUAAAGCAAUUUAUUUUGGCAGUAAAUAUACACUCACCUAAAGGAUUAUUAG